UGGCCCAAUAGAAGUAAAUGAAACUUUCAAACAAUUCAUGUGAAAAUGAGUAAAUAAGAGUCAAAUACGAACGUAAAACACUGGCUAAUAAAGAUAAUUUUGCUUUCGAUUGAACUUUUACGAAGUUGGUAAAAAGAAAAAAAAUUUUACGAAGUUCCUAUUUAUAUUGUAAUUUAUAAGUAUUUAAAAAUUCUCAAACAUGGCAUUGGCUAUGCAGAAGAAGGCAAACGUGCGCCUGCCUCCAGAAAUUAACAGAAUUCUUUAUGUACGAAACUUACCAUACAAAAUAACAGCCGAAGAAAUGUAUGAUAUCUUCGGAAAAUACGGGGCCAUUCGGCAAAUAAGGGUGGGAAAUACACCAGAGACUAGAGGUACAGCUUUUGUGGUAUAUGAAGAUAUAUUUGAUGCCAAAAACGCUUGCGAUCACUUAUCCGGUUUUAACGUGUGCAACAGAUAUCUAGUAGUGCUUUACUAUCAAGCAAAUAAGGCAUUCAAAAAAACAGAUCUGGAGAAGAAACAGGAAGAGAUUGACAAAAUGAAAUCAAAGUAUGGUAUUAACACUUAAAUCUGUAAAACGUUUUAUUGUAUUUUUCAAACUAGUAAAUGUCCAAUCUAUAAAAGUGA